UCCUCCAUGCUGUAAAAGCUUUGCGUUCGUUUCAAGGCAACAGAAUAGCGUGGCAGACGACGGUUAGACGCAAACAUUGACGUAUUUUUAUUUGUUUGGGGUGGGUGGAGGUAACAUUGCUUGUAGGCAUUUUCACGCCUAUAGGGAUAACACAAAUGUGCACGUUUAGCUCGCUGCGCUGUCGCAUCCUGCCCGCCGUCUCGUGGAGACGGACACGCCUCGCGAGCGUUUAGCUUAGCGGUUAGCAUCUCAAAUCACGUCAAUUUAGCCUCUACGAAAGAAAAGCUUAAAGCCGCUCGCCCUGACGCCUAUCAACGGGACAUUUGAGCAUCGUUAAUGUCGUAAACCCUUUUACAAACGUCAUUAACUACGUGUCGUGUAUUUUUAACUCGAGUACAUGAUGAGGGUUGCGCUUGUAUUGACUCCACAAGUGAGCGUCAAUUUCGUGAGGGGGCGGGGCAACACGUUAAAAAAUGCGCUAGUUUGCUAAAAGCAUAAAAAGAAAAACAAAUAACUGUCUUUGUGAAUGGUGAUUGCUGAAUGCAUUUUAGUAUGUACGUUUGGAUGUCGGCCUUUUUAAUUAAAUGUCUGACGUCACGAUCUGACCGGUUAAUCUGGACGUGACUUGUUGAUAUUUGGGGAAUUUAUAAAUCAAAUUGUUCGAUGCGGUGGACCCACAUUAAAACAAUUCUUGCACUUAAUAACAUUCACUUUUUGUAUUGCGUUGCAGGUGCAAAUCACACAAUGGAGGUGCAAAUUGAACAGCAGGACGAAGAUCUCACGUUCGGUGCCACGGAUACCAAUGGUAAGCGUCCGGCAGAGGACAUGGACGAGGAGCACGCCUUCAAGCGCUCCCGCAACACCGACGAGAUGUUAGAGCUUCGCGUGCUGCUCCAGAGCAAAAAUGCCGGCGCCGUUAUCGGAAAGGGCGGCAAGAACAUUAAAGCUCUGCGCACCGACUACAAUGCCAGUGUAUCAGUCCCAGACAGCAGUGGUCCAGAGCGGAUCCUCAGCGUAAACGCCAACAUUGACACCAUAGGCGACAUUCUGCUGAAGAUUAUACCCACUUUAGAGGAGUACCAGCACUACAGUGGCAUCGACUUUGACUGCGAGCUCCGCCUGUUGAUCCAUCAGAGCUUGGCGGGCGGAAUCAUCGGCGUGAAAGGCAGCAAGAUCAAGGAACUGCGAGAGAAUACACUCACGACCAUCAAGCUGUUCCAGGACUGUUGCCCCCAUUCUACGGACAGAGUCGUAUCUGUGGGCGGGAAGCCGGAGCGAGUCGUCGAAUGUAUCAAAGUCAUUUUAGAACUGGUGGCUGAGUCGCCAAUCAAAGGGCGCACCCAGCCGUACGAUCCCAACUUCUACGACGAAACGUACGACUACGGCGGCUUCACCGUCAUGUUCGAGGAGCGCGGCAGACGUCCCGGCGGCGGCUUCCCCAUCCGCGUGCGAAGCGGCUUCGAGCGCCUGCCCCCCGCACGCAGCAGCCGCCCGCCGCCCCCCUCCCGCCGGGAUUACGACGACCUGAGCCCCCGCCGGGGUCCGCCGCCGCUGAGUCGUGGACGCGUGGGCAGCCGGGCACGCAACCUGCCACUCCCGCCGCCACCGCCGCGAGGAAGCGAUCGAUUCUCCCACAGCAGUUAUCAUGAUGACAGACCAAGCGACAGAAGAAGCCGCGGAGGAGAGCGCUACGACAGCAUGAGUGGAGGCGGCUAUGACAACAAUUCCUGGGAUCACUUUCAUUCCAGUGGCCGAGGCUCGUACAGCGACAUGGGAGGGCCAGUCAUCACAACACAGGUCACCAUCCCCAAAGACCUCGCCGGCUCCAUCAUUGGCAAGGGCGGCCAGAGGAUCAAGCAGAUCCGCCAUGAGUCCGGAGCGUCCAUCAAAAUCGACGAGCCGCUGGAGGGCUCGGAGGACCGCAUCAUUACCAUCAUCGGAACGCAGGACCAGAUCCAGAACGCACAGUACCUUCUGCAGAACAGCGUGAAGCAAUAUUCCGGUCGAUUCUUCUAGGACGGAAGCAAGAUGAGCGAAGCCAAGCCCUUGGUUGGUUCUACCAAAUCUGUUGAAGCUUCUGGGGAUAUUGUUAAAAAAUAUGUAAGAAGCUGCCCCAAAACAUGUCUGUGCCGGUGUUGAUGACUUUCAAGGACAUGAUGCCAUUACAUUACAUUUUAGCUUAAUGUUGUUUGCAUUACAGUGGAGCAUGCAACUUUUUGAAAUGAAGUUUCACACUCGAUGAGCAGCAAUUAGCUUAGCAUUCUUAGUUGCCAACCUCGUGACAAAACUAAAAUGGUUAACUGUGAAUGUUUUCUUCAGAGGCUUGUGGUUAUCCAUUUCUUUAGCUGACGUUUCAAUGUACAUGUCUUAGUAUAACAAAAAAAAAAGACACGUUUGAUGAAUGUUUGAUACUUUUAAAGAGAUUUUUACAUUUUUCAUAGAGCGGCGAGUCACUGUACAAAUUGUGUAUAUAAUAUUUACAUGCAUUUUUCCCCCUUCUCUCGCCAAAUGAAUGCUUUGAUAUUUCAUGUUUUGUUUAAGUGUUAAAUGUAUUCUUACAUUUGAUCAUUUUAGUGGUUUAUAGCCAUUUGUGAAAUGGCGAAAAAUGACACUCUUUAUAUGUAUCUGUGAUUGCUAUCCCGCAAGCAAUUGGCAAAUAAAGAUUUUUUUUCCAAUCAUCA